GCCCCGGUUCCAUCCCGCACACAUCCCCGCCCCCGGCCCGGCGGCGGCGGCGCGGGGCCGCCAUGGCCAAGCAGUACGACGUGCUGUUCCGUUUGCUGCUGCUCGGAGAUUCGGGUGUGGGCAAGACGUGUCUGUUGUGCCGCUUUACCGACAGCGAGUUCCACCCGGCUCAUAUCUCCACCAUCGGGGUGGACUUCAAGAUGAAGACGAUUGAGGUGGAUGGCAUCAAGGUGCGCAUCCAGAUCUGGGAUACAGCAGGGCAGGAGCGGUACCAGACCAUCACCAAGCAGUACUACAGGCGGGCGCAGGGCAUCUUCCUGGUGUAUGACAUCAGCAGUGAACGCUCCUACCAGCACAUUGUCAAGUGGGCCAGCGACGUGGAUGAGUACGCACCUGAUGGAGUCCAAAAGAUCCUCAUUGGGAACAAAGCGGACGAGGAGCACAAGAGGCAAGUGGCCAAAGAGCAAGGGCUGCAGCUUGCCCGGGAGUACGGAAUGGACUUCUAUGAGACCAGCGCCUGCAGCAACCUGAACAUCAAGGAGUCCUUCACCCGGCUGACGGAGCUGGUGCUGCAGGCGCAUCGCAAGGAGCUGGAGGGGUUACGCACCGCCACGGCCCCCCCAGAGCUGGCCCAGCUGGAGGAAGAUGAGCAGCAGACCCCAGGGGGGAACGACAACCCUAAAAACUGCUGGUGUUGAAGCCCGGCCUCCCCCAGCCCUGCUACAAAGGGAGCAUGGCAGGGGGGACACAAGGAAUGGGGACUUACAGCCCCUUGGUGUUUUGGGGGGGUCCCAGGCGCUGUUUGCACACCCUGUUUUGCACAUUGUUUCCAUAAUAAAGGAGAUACUGGAGCCCCCUUACUGGGAGCAGUGUCA